ACACCUGUAGCAUAACCGACUCGCUCUUCCGCCGAAGCCACGACUCCCCUUUGAGGCGAGGACGGAGUGCGCCCUGAACCGACGUGUAGUUUAGCGGUUGGUUUGCCAAGCAUGGACUCGAGAAACUCCCGGCCGGGGAGGAACCUGACGAAGAUCUUGAAGAAAACCAAAAGAGGAUAUGUCGUCUAUUACCUCGACGAUCAUCGGCCCAAGAAGGCGAGCAAGGACAUGUCGCUCCGUCGGUUCAUAACGUUCCUGCUCUGCAUCACGUUCCUCGGAUUCAUCGCCGUUCAGUACGUCCUCAUGGACAGGUUUCUCCUCAACCACCAGCUGGCGAAGUCCACGAUUGCGAGAGGUUUUGAGACUACCAAAAACGCACCUUAUAUGGAAGGAGCGACUUUUAAAAACCUUUCAAGGAAAGAUGUGCUUCUGUACCAAAAAUCGCCAAAUGAAAAAGUUGACUCCUAUCGUGCUGGAAAGACGGCAGUGCCUUCGAACGUGGUCGAGGCGCAGAAAACCAAAGAGAGAACGAAUUCUGAUGCUGAGCCUCUGGGAUACAAAAUGGCUGCCCAAGAUCCCCCGUCUUUGGGAGAGAAAACGGCGAUCCCAAAAUCACAAGGGGGUUUAGUGCGAGAAGGUGAAAGAAAAGGAGAAAAUUAUGUUGUUUUCGCUGAUGCUGUCACACACGAUGAGACUCAGUCGAAGAGUAAUGCAAUAUUAUCUAUGGAUCACUUGGAAGAUAAGCUAUUCGUUCCUGGAGAUGUUCAGGUGCAAAGCAGUGUCGAGACCCCGAGAGCAUCUUCACAAAUGUAUCCCUUGAAGUCUCAAAAGCAUUCUGAGCGAAAAGUGCAAAAUUCUCCCCAAGAACUGGUUUUCUAUGUCGUCAUCUGUAAAGGUCACCCUGGCAACAUCAUGACGGACGUAAGGCGGCAGAUGAGACAGUGUGAGGUUAUGCUCAAGUCCGCUGUGGCUUUCACAAAUUAUCUGCUUAGGUUCAUCGUGUGCACGGACGCGAUUGAGGUUUACCGAGUGCUGGUCGAGGUAACGUCCAUGUGGGCGCCUGAACAUCGCAGCCGCAUCGUCUUCGAGCGGCGUCCUGUGUGGUACCCUCCGGGCCGCCCCGACCUGCAGGGCAUCCGCUGGCCGUGUUCCACAGCCAAGCUCUUUCAGCCGUACCAAUUCCAAGACCUGGACGCUGUCAUCUACAUCGACACAGACGUGAUAUUCCUCGUCCCGCCGGAGAACCUGUGGCAGGAGUUCUCGAAGUUCGACAGCCUGCAGAUGAUGGCGCUGGCAGCCGAGGCCCCCGCAGACCCCCGGGACCCCCCGCGGCACGACCAGGAACCCCGCCAUACCCCACACGGCCUCAACACCGGCGUCAUGCUCAUGAACCUCACCCGCAUGAGGCAAUUUCCCGGGAAAGGGUGGAUAGGCGAGGUCAUCUCCGCCUUCGACACCUUCGUCACCUCCAUGACUUCAACCCCCUCCAACCGCCUCGUCAAUACCCUUUUCAGCCAGUACCCGAAUUUGGUGCGUGAACUGGACUGUGAGUGGAAUUACGUUAGCAAACUGUGCCAGGGCGGACACAUCACGUGCCCUCAGGUACGGAAGCGAGGCGUCUCCCUCCUGCACGGAUACGGCCACCACUUCUACUACGACAGUCCCAAGUUUAUGGCUGUGUACCAGGCCUGGAGGAACUACGAGCUGGCCACGCCCCCGCAUGCCCUUCUGGAUACCCUGAAGGGAAAUCUGGAAGCCGCGACGUCUGGAAGGCUGUGGCCAGGGUGUGAGAGCAUCAUCGACAUAGACCACAUAUUCGUCGACCCCGUCAAGCGUACUAUAAGCAACUACCUCGUCAACAAACUAAGGAGAUUCGUGACUCAGGUGUACGAGUCUUUAGGCCUGACGAGAGGCCCGAAGGAGAGUGCCAGGGACUCGGGUGUCGACUUCAAGAUGUAAAUAGAGACACGAUGAUUUGCUAGCUGUGUAAAUACCUCUCGCUACUAAUGCACUGUUAGUAGGGAGCCGUGGGUUGGAAUUGUGUAUGUGCCUUAGCUUUAAAUGAUCGACUGCUUUUGAAAGUAUUAUUUUUUAUUUUUCGUUGUAUUUCUUUAAUAAACACAACCUAUUGAAAACCAUUUAAAGUGUUUUAAAAAUAUUAAAUGUAGAUAGACAAAUAGAACGAGAGAGAGAGAGAGAGAGAGAGAGAGAGAGAGAGAGAGAGAGAGAGAGAGAGAUUUGGAUAUAGACAUAUGUACAGUCAGAAAAAAAACCCUGUAAUUUUGUGUAUCUAUUGAGUUUAGAUUUUCUACGUCUUAUUGCUGCAUAGAAUGUGUUUGUAGAUCAGAGAAGUCUAUUUUUUUUUUAAAUAGAAGAAUGUGCUAUGACUUUCUCAAGUUUUGGGAUUUUGUGCCCUCAGUAAACCAAUAAAUAUACUUACUGAA